AUGGACCCCGCAAUCAAAUCCGAAUUGGAAAAAUAUGGCGACGAUGUUCCAUUUCGCGCAGUAAAAAAUCAUACUCAAUCAACAUGGGCAAGAACAUUUCAUUCAUCUCCUGAAUUGUUCAUUCAACCACAAUCUAUCGCCGAAGUCGAAAAGGUCGUCAACCUUGCGCGAAGAUGUCGACGCAGAAUUACAACGGUAGGAUGUGGUCAUUCUCCUUCAAAUAUUACUUGCACAUCGAGCUGGCUCAUUAAUUUGGAUAAUUUCAACAAAAUUCUGUCUGCGGAUCGGGAAACAGGUGUUGUGGUUAUGCAAAGUGGUAUUCGAUUAUAUUCCGUGGGCGAACAACUUGAUGCUGUCGGUUUGGCAAUGCCAAAUUUGGGUAGUAUUAAUCAUCAAUCGAUCGCUGGAGCAAUUUCGACAGGGACUCACGGAAGUACUUUGCGACAUGGAAUUUUGUCAAGUUCAAUCUUGGAGUUGAAGAUUACUCUUUCGAAUGGUAGAACGGAAACUUGUUCACCGAAUCAAAAUGAGGAACUCUUUCGCGCUUCUCUCAUUUCUUUGGGAGCAAUUGGUAUCAUCACAGAAAUCACUUUCCAAGCCGUACCAGCUUUCACUCUUUCAUGGGAACAAACUGUGGAUACAGAUCUUCGAAUGAUGAACAACUGGGAUAAAACUCUUUGGACACAGACCGAAUUUGUUCGAGUUUGGUGGUUUCCUUACACAAGAAGAGCAGUUGUUUGGGCUGCUGAAAAGACAGAUUUGGCUCCCAUGCCUCCUCCAAAAUCUUACUAUGAUGCUUGGUUAGGUUAUCACGUCUAUCAUAAUCUUCUUGCUCUAGGACAUUAUGUUCCACGAAUUCUUCCAUGGGUAGAGUGGUUUGUCUUUGGUAUGCAAUAUGGAUUUGCAAAUGGUUCCAAGAGCUCCGCAAUUCAACCAUCUCGUCAAGCUCUCCUUAUGAAUUGUCUUUACUCGCAAUUCGUCAACGAAUGGGCAAUUCCAAUCUCCAAAGGUCCAGAAGCUUUAAAGAGAUUAAGUUCGUGGCUUAAUCAUCUUACUCCAGAAGAUUCAGAUUACGUUGCACAUGGCAUCCCUUAUUCAGCAGAAGGUCUAUACGUCCACGCACCUGUCGAAGUCCGCGUCACAGAAACAAGCAACAGUCUUACCCCUCGUCCACAUCUCGAUCCUACAUGUACAGAAGAAGCAACUCUUUACCUAAACGCAACUCUCUAUCGUCCAUAUGAUAUGGAUCCACCAUGUCAUGCAAGAUAUUACCAAGGAUUCGAAUUUUUGAUGCGAGAACUAGGAGGCAGACCUCAUUGGGCUAAGAAUUUCGAAACUACAGGUGAAGAUAUUGAAGAGAUGUAUGGAGAGAACUUGGAGAACUGGAGAAAGAUUAGAAAUAAUGCGGAUCCGGAAGGUAUGUUUGUAGGAGAAUGGCAUAGAAGAUUUAUUCUAGGAAAUGGACCUAGACUAGCGCUUGAAGAGGUGGAAAUUGGAAGGAAGAGGUUUAGAAAGGGGGGUGUCUUGGUUGAGGGUGUGGUUGGCGGGUUUAGAGAUGAGGAGGAUGAAGGAGAAGGAAGCGAGAGUGGAGAGAGUUUUGAUAUGUUGAGGGCUAGCGAGAUGAAGUAG